AUGAAGAUCCAUUUGGUUGACACUCGUCAUCCCCUCCCUCAAACUUCCGGCUCUUCUGGAUUUGAUUUGUCUGGCUUUGGUGGUUCUGGUUCUGGUUCUGGUGGUUCUGGUGGUCCUGGUGGUUCUGGUGGUUCUGAUGAGUUCUCUGGUUCUGGUCCUCAUGGGUCUGGUUUUGGUGGCUCUGGUCCUGUGGCUGGUUUGGCUGGCUCUUCUGGUCCUCAAACUUAUUGUUGUUUCUGGUGUGAGGAAGAGGUAAGUUUUGCUGACACCCAUAAUCAACCUAAGGUGUCUGUCUCUGAGGACGCUGCUGUCAACAUGGUUGAGACCGCUCCGGUGUAUGCUGCUGAAUGUGCUAGGGUGGUUGACCCGUUGUCUUCUAAGGGUCCAUAUACUCAUAACAAAGGAAAGGCUGUUGACAAAACAGUACCAUUACACUCUCUCUUAAACACGCUUCCACUGCUUCAACAGCACUUAUAUGCACAGGGUCAGCUCAACACUUUCCCUACCAACGAUACCUAUAUGACUCCAGCUCCGGACCUCUCACUGGAAAAACCGCCCUGA